GGGUAGCGAUUGAUUGCGAACAAAAACCGCAUGGAGCUAGGUGUGCAUGUGAUAAAGAUAAAAUUUAUUUAAAGUUAUUGUUUUACUAAUAUAUGUGAUGUAAGAACCGAUAUUUAUCACUUUAUGUUUUUUACAUAUAAUCGUAAUUUUAUUAUCCCAAACAUUAUCGACAAGACAUUGCAGUCAUCAACAUGAUUCUCUGCAGCACAUGCACUCACCAUUGGUUCCGAGGGUUUCAACUACUACGAUGUCUAAAUCGUUUACACCUACUACAAAUUCAGCAGUUAAGCUCAUACAGCACAACUUCUGCUCAACAGGGAGUGAAGGCGGGAAUAACCCCUGCUAUAGUGCAGAAGAUACAUCCUAAAGGAAUAUCAAGUUAUGAGAAUCUCACUUCUUCAGGAAGGUGUUCGGCACCAUUAACAGCUCCCUUUCAUCAUGUCCUAUGUUUAGGAUCCAGAACAAUGAAUACCUUAAAUCUUUGUCAGAAUCUAGUCCGCUGGCCACAAUAUUAUGGUUGCUGCCGGAGUUAUGUAUCAUCAGCCUAUAAAGAUGAUUCAGAGGUUGUGAACUUAAGAAAGAAGUGUCGGAGUCUUAGGCAACAGAACUGCAAGUACAUUUUAAAGACUGAGUUUGCUAGAACUAUGAGGGAGAAAAUUUGGCCAGGAGACUCUCUAAAACAUGACAACUCCCAAAUAUUGGAAAUCAAUGCAGGGGCUGGUGUAUUAACAAGGCAUCUGUUAGAAGGUGGAGUCAAUAAUCUGAUUGCAAUAGAGAAGGAACCCGAACUGUACCCGGUACUAAAUCAACUAGAAGCCGAGGAGGGCAAAGGUUAUCAGGUUGUCACAGGUGACAGCUUCACAGUACUACGCACGCUGAAAUCUUUCAAGGAUGCGAAUACUGACCUGUCAACUAUUUUUGAACAAAAAUUGGGUUUUAAAAACUGGCAUAGAGAGCCUGUUAUCAAGGUCAUCGGAAGCAUAGCGUUGAAGACUGAGAGGACAAAUUUAUACAUAAUUUCAAGCUUAGUGUUGCAGAAGCUUGGAGUAUUCAAAUUUGGACCGGCAGAAUUCAACAUUUUGAUGUUUCAAAAGACUCUUGAGACAUUAACCCAGGGUCCAACAAGCAAUAUGUCAAAAUAUCAGGCAAUUUCUGUUUUGAUGCAAAUAGGUUUCAACAUAGAAUGUCUACACACAGUUGGCCAAUCAUCAAUAGUAUUACAAGAAAAGUUCACUAAGGUUGACAAUAUUUGCCUAGUAAAGCUGACACCAAGAAUGGAGCUGAUCACCGAGAACGGCCUAAGUGCCGAGGAAGCUUCUCUUUUCAUAUAUUUUGUACGCAAUUUGAUGACAAAGCGAAAACAGAAUCUGUUGCAGAUUCUAGAAGUCUGGGCCCCGGGAAGUGGGUACGUACUUAUUGAUCUUGGCUACAACAAACACACAAGAACCGGUGACGUGAAAGCAAUGGACUACUUAAGGAUGUUCACGCAUAUUUUACACCUGGACUCUUUCAACGGUCACUGGAUCGGUGAAGAGAUCAUGGACCACUCGGCACUUACCGACGACAUCGAGAAUAGCCUCUUGCAAGAUAUGUAUUGAAUUGAACCACUGAAUACAGAUUGGAGGAAAAUACUGCACGAGGAAAAGAAUUAUAAAAUGACGGUGAUCUGGAAAUAGAACUAAUGCAUGUCUUGAACACAUGUUUUCUAACGUAUGCACAUUUGUAAUUGAAACAAUGUAAAAACAACUUAAAUUGUUAAUGUUAUGAAGUAAUAUAUCCAGCUUUUAGAAAAUAUGGAAAAUCUAUGGAAUUGGAAAGAGUUAGAACCAGGACAUUAGCAUUUGAAGAUAGGCACCUAAACAAGCAAACCAUUUCAAAGUACAGAGAUUCCGAGCGAUUUACCUGUUCGUUUGUCAUAAACUUUGUUGUUACAGCAACCGUGUGUUUCAGGGUUGUACCAAUGUAAACCGCAGCACAUGUCUGGUGAAGAUACCGGCCUCCUUAAUUCAUUACAGCACUUAAAGGCAUGUGUACUGAGAUACUCUUGGCCACCUAAAAUCAAUAAAUACAUCAAUUAUUAUUCAAUUAAUUCAUUAUUUUAUAUAUAAAUUUAGUUUAAUGUAACAAUGAAUUACUAAAAUAAUGGUUUAAUAGUAUAUAAAAGUACAGUAAAAAAAUGUUGGGAAUUGGUAUGUUGAAUAUGAUGUCCAUAUAAGGGCAAAAGACAUAUUUGUCAGUAAGUGUCUCAUAAAUAAGACCUAUUAUAUAAAUAAUACUGGUUUCGUAUUCUUUGAAUACAUCCUUAAAACGUUCACAAUCAUUUUUCGAUUUUUGUAUAGAACGUGUGUAAAUCACUAAGUUUUGAGGCUAUCAUAAAGAUAAGAUUUAGUCUGUUUUAAUUUUUAAAUGAAUAAUAAUAUUUUCCUGCCAUUUGAUUAAUGAUCUAAAUUUUAAAAGAUAAGAUUUAUAUAAUGUAUAGUUUCUAUAAUUCAGUGAAUAUUGUAGUUUCUGUAGUACUGUACAAUUAUAUCUUGUAGAGUGAACUGAGUGAAUAAAAGAUUAUGUUCUAACAGCAAGGUGUAAGUA